UCACAGCCUUUGUCCUAUCUGACUUGCUCAGUGUUCAGGAAACUAAUUACUCCAUGGUUGUCCUUUUGUUUAUUCAUUUUUGGUCAGGUUUCUUAACCACUAUUCUUACUGAGCUUUGAAUCUUGCCCUAUUCUAGGUCAGGUAAAAUUGAUGGGUUAUUUCAUUUCUUUUCCUAGCUAAUUUGAUGCGUUUCUUUACAGGUCCUUAGCUGUUGGCAGUAAGUCAGGUUACAAAUUCUUCUCUCUUUCUUCUGUGGACAAAUUGGAGCAGAUCUAUGAAUGCACUGACACAGAAGACGUGUGCAUCGUGGAGAGGCUGUUCUCCAGCAGCUUGGUGGCCAUAGUUAGCCUUAAAGCCCCACGCAAGUUGAAAGUCUGCCACUUCAAGAAAGGGACUGAGAUUUGCAACUACAGUUAUUCCAACACAAUUCUGGCUGUGAAACUCAAUAGACAGAGGCUAAUAGUAUGUCUGGAAGAGUCUCUUUAUAUACACAACAUACGAGACAUGAAAGUACUGCACACAAUCAGGGAGACUCCUCCCAACCCUGCAGGUUUGUGUGCGUUGUCAAUAAACAAUGACAACUGCUACCUGGCCUACCCAGGGAGUGCAACCAUCGGAGAAGUGCAAGUCUUUGAUACCAUCAAUCUGAGAGCAGCAAAUAUGAUCCCAGCUCAUGAUAGUCCCUUGGCAGCAUUGGCUUUUGAUGCAAGUGGUACUAAACUUGCCACAGCAUCAGAAAAAGGGACAGUGAUCCGAGUAUUUUCCAUUCCAGAGGGACAGAAAAUCUUUGAAUUCCGAAGGGGAGUGAAGAGGUGUGUGAGCAUCUGCUCGUUGGCUUUCAGCAUGGAUGGUAUGUUUUUGUCUGCAUCAAGUAACACGGAGACGGUGCAUAUCUUCAAACUCGAGACUGUGAAAGAAAAACCUCAGGAAGAGCCUACUACCUGGACAGGUUACUUUGGGAAAGUGCUGAUGGCCUCAACAAGCUAUCUGCCUUCUCAGGUCACAGAAAUGUUUAACCAGGGCAGAGCCUUUGCUACGGUCCGCCUGCCGUUCUGUGGGCACAAAAACAUCUGUUCACUUGCCACAAUCCAGAAGAUUCCUCGCUUACUAGUGGGAGCUGCUGAUGGCUAUCUCUACAUGUACAACCUGGACCCCCAAGAAGGAGGGGAGUGCACACUAAUGAAACAGCACAAGCUUGAUGGCAGUAUGGAGCCAGCAAAUGAAAUUUUAGAGUCUGCAUCACAUGACCGGCCAUUAGUAGCACAGACAUACAGUGCCGCUGUGACUAAAGGUACUUACGUGCCUUCAUCACCCACAAGGCAUGCCUAUACAGAGGACCUGGGCGCAGUGGGUGGAGCUUGCUUGGAAGAUGAAACCAACGCCCUGCGACUGGACGAAGACAGUGAGCACCCCCCCAUGAUUCUUCGGACAGACUGAACUUUGACCCGUGAACUCACUCCUGAAGCAGAGAACACUGGCUUGACGUUUCUUGAGGAAUCUUGUGUUAUGCUGCUAUGAACUUUGACAUGAGUUGGGAGAGAGGAUGACAGACUCUAAAGUUUUAAAAGUUGUAGCUGUAGUCCUAAUUCUAUACCAUUGGAGAAAAAAAAUACACGGUUUUCAAUUCAGUGGCUUUUAAUCUUGCUUAUCUAUUUUAGCUGUGUUUUUUUUCUUUUGUUUUUUGGGGAUUUUUUUGUUGCCAAAACCUGCUGUUUGUGCAGCCCUCGGAGCCUACUAGCUUUGCAUGCAUUCAUGUGCCAAGCAAGCAUAGGAGAGAGAAGCCACUUUAUAACAAACCCAAGUUUGUAUUUUUUUUAUAUAUGUAUAUAAUAUUUAGCAUAUAUAAGGAAGGAGUGUAGAAGUGGUUCUGGAAGCCGAGGCUAGUUCUGCACUGACAAAGGUCCAAAUGGUUUCCUGUGCAUGGGCUUGCAGGCGUACCUAGUGACUGACAUGCAACCUUUAAGAAGCAAUGGCCUGUUUCUUGGGUUCCCUCUCCCCUUUCCUGGACCAUUUUGUUAAUUAAAAUUCCUUCUGAAUGUC